CACAAGCGCAGAGAACACAGACACACACGCACACACACAAGCGCGCGCGCGCACACACACGCACAGAGCACCAAGCGGAUCACGCUGUCGCUUCAUGCCGCCUACACUGCAUCUGCUGGACCAAACCGUAUAACCAUCUAUCACAGCAAACGGGGAGAAAAUUACCGAAAUUGCACCAUGUACCGUAAGGGAGGAGUGGUGCUGACGCUCGUCGCUGCUUUGCAGGUGGUUUUGCAGGCUGCGGGGGACAUGCCAUGCCAGCCUGGCUUCACCCAGCGAGAGUACAGCGUCGUGGUCAAUGACGUCGUUACAGAGGGACAGGCUCUGCUUAAAGUGAGCUUCAUGGACUGUGGCAAAGGUUCCAGUCUGCGAUUUGAGAGUAGUUACCCCGCCGAUUUCCGGAUAGGAGAAGACGGCACGGUGUACGCCGUACGAACUCUGCGCGUAUCAGACAGAAAGGAAUGGAGCCUAGAGAUCAGCGCAAAAGAUGAGGAGACACAGGAGGUGUGGCUAACUCGAGUCACCUUCGCGCUACCAGAUACACCUAAACAGGUGCCUGAGAUCGUGUUUCCAUGGCGCAGCGUUGUUGUCGGGGGCGACGGGAGCGUGAGCCGCGUGAAGAGAGACUGGGUCAUUCCUCCCAUCAAUGUCCCUGAAAACUCCCGAGGACAGUUCCCAGAGGAGCUUGUCAAAAUCCGGUCAGACAGAGAUAAGAUAAACGCACUGCGCUACAGUGUGACGGGACCAGGAGCUGAUCAGACUCCUACCGGCCUCUUCAUCAUCGACCCCAUCACUGGACAGCUGUCUGUCACUAAGCCGCUAGACCGAGAACAGAUUUCCAACUUCCAUCUUCGAGCUCAUGCUGUGGACAUUAACGGCAAUCAGAUGGAGAAUCCCAUCGAUAUUGUCAUCAAUGUCAUCGACAUGAACGACAACAGACCAGAGUUUUCCCAUCAGAUCUGGAACGGCACAGUGGACGAAGGCGCCAAGCCAGGCACUUUUGUGAUGACAGUCACAGCACAAGAUAAGGACGACCCUAACACAGCCAACGGCAUGCUGAGAUACAAGAUCCUCUCUCAGAGUCCUGAGACUCCGUCUACCAACAUGUUCACCAUCAAUAACAAGACAGGCAAAAUCAUCACCGUAGCCGCAGGCCUCGACAGAGAGAAAGUGUCCCAGUACACCCUGAUCAUCCAGGCCACUGAUAUGGAAGGAAAUCCAACAUAUGGCCUGUCCAACACUGCCACUGCUAUCAUACGGCUGCUUGACGUCAACGACAACGCCCCGGAGUUCACCAGAGACACAUUCUACGGAGAAGUGCCUGAGAACCGUGUGAAUGUGAUUGUGUCUAAUCUGACAGUAACAGAUAAAGACAAGCCAGGCACUCCAGCCUGGAACGCAGUGUAUCGCAUCACAUCCGGAGACCCGACCGGACGCUUCUCCAUCCCCACCGACCCCACCACUAACGAGGGCCUUGUCACGGUGGUUAAGCCUGUAGACUACGAGUUAAAUCGUUCGUAUUUGUUAACCGUGGUAGCCGAGAACGAAGUGCCACUGGCGGGAGGAAUCCACCGCACACGCCAGUCCACAGCCACCAUUUCCAUACGCAUCACUGAUGUGAACGAGAGUCCCAACUUUGAGCCCAACCCCAAACAGAUCAAGCUGGACGAGGGACUUCCCGCAGGGUCGAUGCUCACCACAUUUAUAGCUCACGACCCUGACAGACACAUGCAGCAGAGUAUCAGGUACUCAAAGUUAUUUGACCCAGCUAACUGGUUGGAAAUUGACCCAAAUAAUGGGCGAAUCUCCACCAUCGCCCUACUUGACCGUGAAUCCCCGUACGUCAGAAACAACCUCUACAACGCCACCUUUAUGGCCUCUGAUAAUGGUAUUCCUUCUGCGAGUGGAACCGGCACGCUGCAGAUCUACCUGUUGGAUAUUAAUGAUAACGCGCCACGCGUCUUUCCCCAAGAAGUCGAGGUGUGUGAGAGACCCGAGCCUAACGCCAUCAACAUAACAGCCGUGGAUGGAGACCUGAACCCCAACGCCGGGCCGUUUGCUUUCGAGCUCGCCAACCGACCCGCUGACAUCCGCCGCAACUGGACGCUCACUCGUCUCAAUGGCGACUAUGUCCAGUUGAGUCUGAAAAUCGGGUACCUCCAGAGCGGAAUCUACGAGGUCCCCAUCAUCAUCACGGACUCUGGAAACCUGCCGAUGGCCAACACCUCACAUCUGCGUGUGAAGGUGUGCCAGUGUGAUCACCAUGGAGACUGUGUGGACAUGGAGCGCAUCAUGGCUGCCGGUUUGGGUACCGGGGCCAUCAUAGCCAUCCUUAUCUGCAUCAUCAUCCUGCUGGUGCUAGUGCUGAUGUUUGUGAUGUGGAUGAAGAGGAGAGAUAAGGAGCGGCAGGCGAAGCAGCUGCUGAUCGACCCGGAGGACGACGUGCGAGACAACAUCCUCAAAUACGACGAGGAGGGUGGAGGAGAGGAGGACCAGGAUUAUGAUCUGAGUCAGCUGCAGCAGCCAGACACUCUGGAGCACGACCUGGUGAAGCCAGUUGGAAUUCGCCGGCUGGACGAACGCCCGCUGCACCCGGAGCCCAGCUACCCACUUCGUUCUGCUGCACCGCACCCUGGAGACAUCGGAGACUUCAUCCACGAGGGUCUGAAGGCGGCCGAUACGGACCCCACGGCUCCCCCAUACGACUCCCUGCUGGUGUUCGACUACGAGGGCAGCGGCUCCACCGCCGGCUCACUCAGCUCACUGCACUCAUCCAGCUCCGGAGGCGAGCAGGACUACGACUACCUCAACGAAUGGGGACCGCGGUUUCGCAAACUAGCCGACAUGUACGGCGGAAACGACGACUAGAGCGGCAAGGUGUUACAGAAACAAAAUUUAAAUAGAAACAACAACAAAAAAGCGGCACUUUUAUAACACGGGACACGGGACAGUGUGUAAAAUCAGAACGGAAAAUGUUUCCCCAUGACAGAAUGAGACAGAGGGGAAGAGAGGAAGAUCACCAUGGCAACACUACUGGCUCUUUCCAGGCUUUGUGCCGAAGCCAAAGAGCGCAAGGUGAUGGAAUCUGGACUCCAUCUCUGGAUCAGGCCAGUUUGUUGCCCGAGUUUAUGGGACCAUCGGUGCAAAAAAAACAAAAAAAAAAUUUUAAAAAUUAAAAUAAAAAAAAUGUAAAACAAAAAAGAAAAACGCUGAAGGAAUGCUCAAAGAACUUUGAACUGAACGCUCAGUUACACUUGAAUCUCACAGUACAGAAGCACUGGGAUAUUACGUGCCUUUUUGUACAUUUUUUGAUUGAUUGGUUUCCAUUCAUUGGCUUUAUUGGCUCUGAGUUUUGGAGUAGUUCUGUUGUGAGCCUGUUUAUAGAAUAUGGUUAUGCUUCAACACGCUUCUGUUUAUACAUCACUGCAUGGCGCCGUUAGACGCCAUCACGCCUCACCCCCCGAAGGAGAAUCCGAGACUGAGAGAACAGCAUUGUACAGUACGCUAGAAAUUAGAUGUCAAGGUUCAUGUUUUUUUAUUUUUUGCAAUUUUUUUUCCACCAAAAGUUUAACUUAUGCAGCCGAUGCAAAAGAUCAUUGUUUUGGUAGCGAAAUUUUUCGUUGUUGUUGAUAGGAUAAAUUCCUUAUUUUUUAUUAUUAUUAUUAUUAUUAUUAUUAUUAUUAUUAUUAUUUUGGGUUAUUUUUUAUGUGACAUCUUGUUUCACAAAUAAAACUUGUUAUUUUUGUUCGAUCUCCAUCUGCCUUAGUCCACCUAUGGUAUUCUUUCAUUUUUUAUUUUUUAUUUUUUUUUUUUUGCACUGUAAAUUAAAUGGUGUGUACAUAGGGUUUGUUUUUCCUCUUUUUUUUGUAGUCUAUAAGAAAGUACACGGAGUUGUAUAUGUAUAAUUUGACUACAGAACAAAGGGGUUUUUUUGUUUGUUUGUUUUUUUGGGGUUUUUUUUGCAUGUUUUUAUCUUUUCCAGUAUAAAAAAAAAAGGUAUUUCCAAAAUUGAUUUACCCACAGAAACAUGUCCACAUGUGUACUGUUGGAGAGACACAGCACCAGCGAGGCAGCAGUUUGAUCCAGAUCUGUGUAUAACUCUUCCUUUUUUUUUUUUGCCUGGUCAGGCUUCAUGUACCAGCGAAUUCGAUUUAGUUUUUUAAAAUGGCCGACUUUUGUCAAAAUUAUUUCAUCCCACCAGUCCACUGAUAUACACAGAUUGGUGGAAUCUGGUAGUCUGGUAUGUCAAAUGGUUUGAGAUUACUGCUGGAGUAAUAGAUGGAGAUGGGAGGCAUUUUGGGAAUCAUUGCUGCUGUCUCUCCAUUUAAACACUAAAGUGUGUGUGUGUGUGUGUGUGUGGGUGUUGAUUACAAGCUGUACUCACAGAAGGGCCAAGCAGUAUGGAGGUAAUUACCUGUCAAAUGUAAUUAGAACUAAAUGCAGUGCCAAAAUGGUUUUUUUUUUUCCUUUUAAUGAAUUACAAGUCUGUCGUAAAUUUGAACUUUUAAGAAUUAUUUUUUACCCAUGUACUGUACAGCCCCAUUUUUUUUACAGCGUAUUAUUUUACAUUCAUGGCAUGUUGUGUUUCAGCGCCGCCUUCUCAGCUCUCUGGAGCUAUGCGCUUGGAUUAAAAAAAACGCAGUCAAAGGUUUCAUUUAAAAGCAUCACAUGCUGUAACUCGACAUAAGCAGCUUUUCUGUCAGUGUAGCAGGAAAGAGUUCACUGAUUAUGAUUUUCAGAAUUGCUCACGGAACAGAUACAGGUGUAAAGAUCUGCGUAUGGGUUCUUCAUUGCAUUUACGUACGAUUUGACAGGAAAUCUCCAUAGAGCAGCCCUUUGGCGCCUGAAAGAACCGGUGUGUGUGUCGUUGCUUAAUACACACUCAGGUGACUUGACAGCAGGAAGUUGAUCGACGGCUGCUGAGUGAUUGGCAGCUAUGAAGAGUUCAGUGAGCUUGUUUACUGUUAACUGUUGAUGUUAUGACCCAUCGCUGACCAUCUGGCCAAUAAAAGUUUAAUUUUUGGA